CAGCUUCACUCGCCACAAUCGCGAGAGGUGGCUGAGCUUUAUUUCCGGAAACGCCGGGGGUGAGACUUGUCUAAACCGCAUUCGGCAAGACAUCCACAUCCGUUCACACACGAACGAGCACACCUUCACCAUCACCACACCCCGCACAGUGAAACUCACAGUCCCGCGCGAUAGCAACUGACAUUCUCUUGCCAGUGCUUGUCCGACCAUCUCUCGCUUCCAUCGUCGCCGCGCAGACACCCACCGUCCAUCACGAUCAACGCAAGCCACAACUGCCAGGCACCAAAAGCUUAUUGCAUGAAACCCGCAUUGUCACAAUAGCGGGGGGGAUUGCUGGAGUGUUUGUCGCUUUGCUGCCUCAACUCUUCUUUCGCAUUCCCACUUCCCUUCAGCUCCCCAUCACCCCUCGCACCGCUUUAUCUUCACCCCUCGACACCAUGGUCGCCACGCGCCGCAGCCUGUCCACCAUGGACGGCCAGGUGGACCAGCAGCCUCCCUCCGACGAAGACAACAUCCAGUUCAAGAAAGCAAUGAAGAAGCUGCAGAUCGAUGCUCUACCCGCACUCAGAGGUGAAACGAUCAAGAAAGAGGAGAAUGCGGCGGUAUACCACUGGCGGGGCUCGACGUACGCCGUGGCGCAGGAUACCCCGCAAGAAUGGCUGGACAAGGAGCCGACGCGGUACAAGAAGCGCAAGAGCACCGCACCGCCAGAGAGCGACGAAGUACAGCCGGCGCAGACGAGGAAGCGUGCGCGCAGUCCGGCGGCAGAAGUUGAGGCAGUGGAGGAAGAGCCGGCCGCGAAGCGUCCCCGCAGGCAUACACAAAACUACACCAUCGACUACAAGCGACCUCGCACCCUCUCCGACUUUUCACCCCGGAAGCAGCGCUCGCUGCAACCUACAGGCUCGCCGACGCCUGAGAAGACGGCGCGCCGAACACGACCUCGGCCGACACGAGAACAGAUGCGCAGAGAAGUGCCGGAGGUGGAGACGGCCAUUGCGCAGGCACGAAAGCAGGCAAAGAGACUGGGCUUUCAAGUUGCUCCCCUGCCACAACAUGCGCUCGCUGCACGUCAACAGGCGAGAGCAAAGUCGACAGUCGAGUUGACGGUCUGGCUGGCACGAAUGAAUAGCAAGGUGGAGAAGGCAAGCCAGGCAUACCAGCAAGCGAAGCACGAGGUGGAACGCACUCUACAACUUGUGCAGCCAGCAAUCAACACUCCAGCGAUUUCUUCUCAUGACAACGAAGCGUCACGGCCAGACGAGAGUCUUAACCAGCUCACCCCUGCUUCGUCCACCCCCAAAGACAUCAACAGCAGCAGCACCCUCGAUACCCCUCUGCUCGAAUCAACUCUUUCCCGCCGCGACUCACUCACCGAUAUAUACCACCCAGACUCCCCACCAACAUCCGACCUCCCAUUGCAAAACAAAGCCGGUCAAACACUGCGCUGGAGUCUUCCUGCGAAAGCAACUGCAGAUGGUCGUGCUGAGGAAGCAAUCAACAAGCAUCGCAUGCCUAAUGAAAGCCACGGGGCACGCAGGAGACGGGUGAAGCGGGAAAUGCAGCUGGUGCGGAGCUGGAAGGAGGUGGAUGUCGAUGAUGAUGCGAGUGAGGAUGUUGGAGGUACUGUGCAUUAGAGCGGCGCAAUACGGGCCCUUUGCGAAUUGGCGACGAUCGAUGAGCGAACCUGUAUAUAUGAUGGCGAGGAACACAGGAUACUAGCCGGCUGCAUGGCAGCGUCUCUGGCCUGGAUCAAGGAGGUUGGUCAAAUCAUCACAUUUCGGGUCCUUCGCAGAGGGCUUGGCGAGCUGCUCGAGACUACAGCAAGAAAGCAAGUCAAAACUCCGGCGUGAUACCACGAAUCGAAUGAAGUCAAAU